AUGGCGUUCAGAGCAGCCCCGGACAAGAGGCUUGACAUCUACAACGGGCGCCCGAGUGGCAUCGACGUCUCGUACUUCAACCCUGUCGAUCCCUUCACAGUGAUGAAGUACAGCGUCCGCCGGAACGGUACGAAGAAGUUGGUUAGCUCGCCGCUCGUCAGCAAGACGUACAGGAUGGAGGCGAAGAAGUUAGUAGAGGAGACGAAGACGUUGAUCCAGGGGUCUGGACGGAAGUCUCUCGAGGCAGAGGAGAGCGCAUAUCCAGUCGCUAGAGAUCUGUCUGCCGACACCAUCAAGACUGUGGAGGAGCAGGGGAAGGAGGGGAAGGAGUGA